AGUACGAGGAGGCCAUCAAAGACGAAGAAGACGCCCCAGGGACUGACUGGGCUCUUGUGGUGCGUGGCAUCGGGGCUUUCGCUGGCAUUGUCUUUGCUAUUAGAAAAGUCCCGUGGGCCUCAACAAUGCAGGUCUCCCUAACUCUGGCUAUGGCCAACCCGCUCUUGUGGUACCUGAUCGACCGUUCUAAGCCGGGCUUCCUCCUGUCCGCCGCCACCGGCCUGGUCGGCUCGGUCGUGUUGAUGGGUUUAAACCCAGAGAUCAUGCCCACGCCGACUGGGUAUUCCUCAUCACCUCUCGGUCGGAACGCUACUGGCCAGCACGACAGCGGGGGACACCUGAUGCUCGGCGGUCUAGCCACGCAGAGGACGAUCGAGACGGGGAUCUGGGUUAUCAGUGUGCUCUUCUGCAGCUGCGUGUGCUUUGGAAACAUUGGCAGGCGGUUGGCGCUGAACAAGUCCGCGGUAGGGCGCGGUAGGUGGGGUGGUCUGAGAUGAGCGAGCGAGUUUCUGGCCUCUCUUUCUCUCCCUCUCUCCCACAAUUUACAUCUACGUUUUCUUUUCAUCUGUGAUCGAUGGAUGAUGGAUGGGAGGAAUUUCUCACGACUUCACGACCUGUGCGCAUGUGGUGGAUAUUUAGGAAAGUUGACAUCAGCGGAGGGUUUGGGGAAUUUAACAAAAGCUCUGCAUG